UCGUCUGCGCCGACCGCUCUCUCGUUCUCGCGAGAAGCAGCGCGGCGGCUGCCAAGAUGGCUGCGGCGUCAGCGUCGUCGUCUUGUGGCUCCGGAGUCGCGAUCAUGCCUUGAAACGGAGCCCGACCGAGGAGGGGUCCGCCGCACUCGGACCCGUGGCCGAGACGCCCAGCACGCCUCCGAUGCAAGCCAAAAAGCGAUACCUGCUUCUCUUGCUCGCUGCCGGUGUCUCGGUCGCCCUAGUCCUGCUCUGCCGCCACCAGCGCGGCGGCGUGAACUCCGAUGGCGGCAGAGCUCGGAGCUACGACCGCAGCUCGCUGGGACCCUACGCGGACCCGGCCGUCCUGGACAGCGAAGACCUGUGCGCGUCACGGAGGCGACUGCGGGCCGAGCGGCGCGCGGGGCCGGACCCACGCCGGUGCCGCAUGCACUCGUGUUUCGACUUCUCGCGCUGCCGCGGCAAGGACUUCAAGGUGUACGUCUACCCGCCGUCGGACUCGGUGCCGCCGCCGUCGCCCGUCUACCAGCGGGUCCUCCGGUCGAUCCGGGAGUCCCGCUUCGCGACGGCGGACCCGGCCGAGGCGUGCGUGUUCGUGCCGGCCGUAGACACACUGGAUCGCGACCCGCUCAGUCCGGACUACGUGAAAGGCGUGAAUCUUGCCGAGUCGCCGCUUUGGAACGGCGGGAGGAACCACCUAAUCUUCAACCUGUUCUCGGGCACCUGGCCGGACUACAGCGAGGACCUCGGGCUCGACGUGGGGCUCGCGAUGCUCGCAAAAAGCAGCCUGCCCGAGGUCGCGUUCCGACCCGGGUUCGAUGUCGCGCUGCCGCUCUUUCCCAGGUCUCAUCCCGAGCGAGGCGGCAAACCCGCCGUGCAAGGGUCCGGACCUCGAGACAAGGCCUAUCUUCUCGUGUUCAAAGGGAAGCGUUAUGUGUACGGCAUCGGGUCCGACACCCGCAACGCUUUGCACCACCUCAACAACGGCCGCGAUGUGCUCUUGCUGACAACUUGCCGGCACGGCAAGCAGUGGAUGGAGCGGCGAGACGAACGUUGCGACGCCGACAACAAGCUCUACGACCGGUACGAGUACGGGUCCCUGAUGGAGAACGCCACGUUCUGCCUGGUGCCCCGGGGCAGGCGCCUGGGCUCGUUCCGCUUCCUGGAGGCCCUGCAGGCCGGUUGCGUGCCCGUGCUGCUCGCCAACGGCUGGGAGCUGCCGCUGGCCGAGGUCGUGCACUGGGGCAGGGCGGCGCUCAGGGGCGACGAGAGGCUGCUGCUACAGGUUCCGGACACUCUGCGCUCCCUGCCACGGAGUCGGGUGCACCAACUGCGGCAGCAGAGCCAGCUCCUCUGGGAGACGUACUUCUCGUCCGUCGACAAGAUCGUGCUCGCGGUGCUUCAGAUUCUCCGCGAGCGGGUCCGGACGUGGGAGGCGCACCACGCGGUGGUGUGGAACAGCCACCCGGGGGCCCUGCUCACGCUGCCGUCCUUCUCGGACACCCUGGCACCCUUGCCCUUCCACCGGCACUCCCCGGGACACUGCCCGGAGGUGGCCACCCGGCGGCGGAACAGCUUCACGGCGGUGGUGUACGCGGCUCUGCCCACGAUCCAGCCGCUGCAGCGCCUGCUCAGGGCCAUGCUCCGCUCCAAGUACCUGGCCAGGGUCUUGGUGGUGUGGGGAAGCGAGCUUGCGGCACCCUCUGCCUCCAAGCUGGUGGCCGGCAGCGGGUCGAGCCGUGUGCCCGUCCACGUGGUGGUGCCCCCCCGCAGGGGUAUUGGGUCCCGCUUCCUGCCCCAUCCGCUCAUCGAGACAGAUGCCGUGCUGGCGCUCGACGAGGACGUGGCGCUGAGCUCAGAAGAGAUGGACUUUGCAUUCCGAGUGUGGCAGUCCUUCCCCGAGCGCAUUGUGGGCUUCCCUGCUCGCUCCCACUACUGGGACGACACCAAGGCGGCCUGGGGCUACAGCUCCAAGUGGACCAAUGAGUACUCCAUGGUGCUCACAGGUGCUGCCUUCUACCACAGGUACUACCAAGAAAUGUACUCAAGGUGGCUCCCAGAGAGCCUCCGCCAGACGGUGGACGCGGCCCACAACUGCGAGGACAUCCUCAUGAACUUCCUGGUGAGCCAGGUGACGCGGCUACCCCCCAUCAAGGUGACGCAGCGCAAGCAGUACCGCGAGGCCGCCACCUCUCCGGCGACCGCGUACCCGUCGCCCUGGAACGACCCGGACCACUUCGUCCAGCGCCAGGCCUGCCUCAACACCUUCGUGACCCACUGGGGACACAUGCCCCUCGUGCGAUCGGCACUCCGACUGGAUCCCGUGCUCUUCAGGGACCCCGUGUCGAACUUGAGGAAGCGGUACCGCCGCAUCGACCGGGUCGUCGGAGGCGGAGUGGGGAAGAGCUGAGUUGUCGUCGGUUCAUGAAUGGUGCCAGGAGUGGCGCCGGUCUCCACUUCGGGAGCCGUGGCGCCAGUUGCGGCCCCGCCAUCCCGCUCGCUCCGAGAGCCGUCCCAAAGAAUGGAGUCGUCAGCGGAACUCGAACUUCGUCGGGGGAAGUCGAAAGCGAGAGACACGUCGAACUUCUCCCGUGUGUUUGGACCCGUGGUGCGUGUCGUUUCCGCGACCGCGCUGCCUGCCCUCGAGGCGACGUGUACCGAUCUACAAGGUGGUCGCUUUUGUUUUAGAGGACUUUUUGUUUCGUUGACGUUUGUUGUUGAUUCUUGUUCUUGUCGUCCGCUUUUUGCGUCCGCUUUUUUUUUUUUUUAAUUUUUGGGCAUCUAUACUUUUGACUUGUUCUUAGUUUUGUCGAGCUCAUGCUUGUAGGUAGUAGUCAUGCUUGAUUUUUGUGCCAACUCGAACACAGAUAAUGACGACAACGGUUUAUAGUAGUAUUUAGGUAUAUGGUAUGUUUUUUGGAGAGUUAUAUCAGAUUAUACAUACAACUUUUGUUGCUUUUCCUUUCUCUUUUUUUAAGAGAGCAUUUGUGAAAUAUCUAUUCUAGAACGUCUCUUGUUUUUUGAACGACACCCGCGUGUUUUUGCGACAAUCUUUGUUCGGAGGUCCCUUUUACUGCAGCAUCCAUCUUGAAGGACGACUUUAUCUUUCUUUUUGUCUUUUGUUUGUCUCGGCUUCGAACCACACGUCUAAACGGGCCGUCGUCGAGAGGGAAUCGAACGUCUAGAAACAAAUACUUGGAGCCGGACGGUGGGGUCCAAUCGUGACGUACGACGUCUCGACCCAAUGUCUCCGGUCACUCGACUUCAAAUCGCCGCUAACUCGCGGGCCACUCGUCGCAGAGUGCACUUACCGACAUUUCUUCUCCGCACUGCAUCCACAAACUGGAGUGCCGAACUCUCGUACGCGGCGGCGAAAUCUUAGAGUAUCUUCUUACGUGGGCAAUACUCAUUUACCCCAUCUGUUACGACGUAGAAAGUGAAGGGUGGCUCUCUUUUUGCAGGCGCAUAGUUUCCGAGCAUCUUCUUUCCUUCGUUUUGAUACGGCAGACGAUUGCCGCGACGAUGAAGGCGGGCUUCCGAAAGGAGCGGUGUGUCAUCUCAUCCGGUUCCAACCUUCUCGCUCUCCCGCGUCUCGUACACCCAUCUGAAAAAGAAAAAACGGUGCCUUACAUGUCCACACCGCCACUUUCCUUAACUUCCUUCAUCUAAGCUCUAGCUCGCUUACCUCUAGGAGUUUGUAGCUGCGGUCAGCGCGACAAAGCUCAAGGCUGGAGUGGCCGGUUCUGCUUCGCACCGUCGGGAGUCUAAGAAGUAAUGCGGAGGAGAAGAAUGCUUCUACGUAGUAUCGUGGGGACUCUGGUCCCCUCGAGCCGAACCCUUCUUCCUCGGCAACUGUCGUGGAGUCCUAACGUUUAAAUGGUAGUGUCCUCUCGUUCUGCUGCCUGCGUCACAUUUUUAUAGAGCGAAACACCGAAGAAGGGCGUUGCGCGGAGCACCAGUAAUAAUCAUACCUGCCAUACUGACAUCACAACCGAAGGAAAACACGGAUCAUGCAUGGUUGUAUGCUCGAUCACGUCCGCUCAGCACACGACAUGGUUUCGUUUGUAGAUUGUUUAGGACAAUUCCAACUGGGCACUUGCAUCGUGAUCAUCAGAUGUUGGCCGCACGGUCUGGUUCAGGACGUCGAACGUCAGCCAUUGGUGCUCUUGAACGUCGUCUGCAAGUUUCUCCGCUUUUUCUUCGCAGUUUCCGACCGGUCGCCGGGGGCGUUCCGUGAUCGCGCAUCGUCCACCAGACCCCUGGCAUGACAAUCCGUUUCUGUGUUCCCUCCUCUUGCGCUCUUGCAUUUUGAGGCAGCCUUCUUUUUCUAUUGCUGUUUUCUUUGCAGCAUUUUUUUUUUUUUUUUUGCAUGUGAACCUUAAUUUUAAUGUCAAUCAAAUUUACUCAAUGCCAUCUUUGUUUUUCUAACUGGUUGCUGUUCCCACGGUGUUGCAGCUUAUUUACGCUUUCAGCGUCUGGUGUGUCCUUCCGACACUGUCUGUUCCUUACGGCAUUGUGAGCUUCUCAGAGUGAGUGGAUUGAGUGAGUGUUGGACGGCAAUAGAAGAGCGUUUCGUGUUGCGUUGAGGUUAUUCUUUUUUAUGUUUCCUUUCCCCUACCCUUUCCUCUAUAGACUAUUUAGACAGUAAUAAUGCUAAUAAUAAUAAGAAAAAAAAAAGAAUACGUCGGGCUUUCAGCGCUUUCCUUCCGGUUCACAGGAAGAGGCGUCCUUACAGAUAUUUACACGUGGAGUUACAAUUUAGGUCUAGCCACAGUGCACACUACGGCACUCUUUGUGCCGACUUUGUGUAGACUCUUUUGUAAGGCGCAGUUUCGACACUACCGGAACGCUCUUUGUGGCCGAAUGCAGCUGUUUACGGCCCUUGUGGGUUGGACAGGGCCGCCAUCGAGGACUGGACAAUGCCACGAGCAAUAACAAUCGUCGGAGAGUCAACGCUCUGUCUUGAGCACUACCAAAGGCUUAUUUAUUGGAAAGACGAGCGAAGGGCGGGAUCUGGGUGCCCUCGUCAGUCCUGUAUGCAUACGUACAAAAGAAAAAGGAAGAGCUACCCAUUGAUGCGUAUGGUUUGCAUAGGGACAAUCAAAUGGCAGAAUUAUUUUGCAGAAUCUUGUCAUACUUUGUCUUCUCUAAUUUGGUUUUUCUUUCUCCCUGAUUCGCACCAAGAAACAAAACCUUUGGCAAUAUUGUCCUAAAACUACGCAUUCUUCCGUGGUUUGGUCUGCAGAGCGCUGCUCUCGAGUAGGUAAUGCUUUGACGACAUUAAAUAAUUUGUACUGCGAGCGUACAGCAAUGGGCAUCGAAACAUUCCUAGCACGGUAGGAUAUGCUUGAGUAGGUGUGUUUAUGAUUCAUAUUCUGAAUGUGAAUUAAUUUAUCCUUCUAAAGUUGUGGUUCACGUGUGGCUGUGAAUUGAACACUCGCCAGUUCCAAGGGCAUGAACUUUAUGACUGAAUGACUGUCUUUUUCUUUUUAUUUUCAUGUUGAUUUCAGAUAAAUGCCCUUGGCAAAAAUGGGCUGCAAGUAGGGUUUGUAAUCACUGAAGACAACUCUUAUCAACUGCUUUGGGUGUGUGCCCGAAAUUCCUUAUCAGUGAAAAUUGAGAUAGCUCGCCCUUACACAUCGCUGCUGGUACAUCGUUCAGUCAUUUGUUAAUAAUGUACCGUUGUACACACAAAUUGUAAAUAUAUAUACAAACACACUGCAGAAGGGUUGUAAUAAAAGUGCGUUUUUUUACGUAGUAA